AUGGUGGUCCAGGAGCACCAUUUCCGGCUGUGUCUGGCUGACAUGUGCGAGACGGACAAGACACGAUUCUUGAACGCCCCCGUGUCCCAGACCGGCCUUUUCGGCGACACGACAGAGGAUCGCCAGAACACCACCACCCCUAAACUGAGCCCAGACAGAUCUCCUUCCCUUCUCACCCAGCUCAGAAAUUCAUCACAUCAUCACUAUUCAGCUAGGCUUAUCAAUGAUAAGAGCAUCCAGGGAACAUGGUUUAAAAAGCCAACCAGCAGCCAUCUCUCACUAGCAUCAAAACAUAGCAAGACCUCAUCUGAUAAACGGGACCUCAGUCAAUCCUCCGACUUUGUCAAAGAGCUUCUCAAAGAGAAAGAGGACGUGGUAAUUGUCACGUACAUGAGCAAUACAGUGAGUAUUGUUGUAUUUAUGCCAAGGCAUUUGGUUGUGUUUCAGACCACGCCAGCUGAAUCCAAUGAAAGCACAGACAGUUCAGAUGACAGUGAGGAUGCAGAUGAGGAAUCUGAAACAGAUGAGAGGGAAGAUGAGAAUGAUACUGAUACCAGUGAGAGUGAAUCUGGAGAAUCUGCGAUCACCGUUGUCCCCUCCACAGUAGAACCCUCACUGGACCCCAUCAUCAACACAGGCCGGGGAGACAGCAUGGGCUACCCUAGCGACUACAAAAAAAACAUUGUCUACGUGGAUGCAAACAACUUUGAAAAAUUACCUUCCCCAUACAAGUCCUACAGCAGUGACAAGUUGGGUGGCUUGACAUUUGUGAGCAAGAAGUCCUCUGACCAGAGCAUCAAUGAUGUGGAGAAAGAGAUUAAACUGUACAAGGCUCUGCAGGUGCAUGAUACUCUUCUGGAGGAGGAGGACACCAGCACCCCAGAGGUGCAGAACAUGGAGCCAAACGACCGCCAGGCUGCUCUGGGAAGCCAAGAUAUCGUUCCCACCGGAAACCAGGAUGCUACAGCAGAGUCAGACAGCGAGGGGGCAAGUGCUGGCGACACUCCCAAUGACAGCGUGAGCGCCAGUGCCAGCCAGGAGCAAAAUGAAGAGGAGUCAGAUAGCAGCCCGAGCAGCGAGGAGACCACAGCCACACCUGGACCUGCAGACAGCGAGGACGACUCCUCACAGAGCACAGAGAGCCAGGAGAGCGAUUCGGAUGAGGAGACCACCCAGACCACCGACGCUACCGUUAUCAUAGCAAAGUAAACACGUCCAAGCACAAACCCUCAACGGGCUGUCGACAGAAACGAAUGCAAAUGUAUUAAUUGUAUGGUGCUUGGUGACUCACUCCACCUGAUGUUAGUGUGAGUUAGACAAACGGCAGAGCACAAAGAUACGGUUCAUACAAGUUCUUGAACUGCUGCCUAAUCUGUUAAGAUGCAGUUUCAUCUCAACAAUGGCUUCCUGUUCAUUGCACAAUUAUUUACAAUAUUAAUGUAAAUGUAAUUUUAUACUGCUCUAUGUAUGUAAUGAUUGAUCAUUCAUAAAUAAAUUUUGUCCUA